UCCCACCUGUUUACGAAUGGAAUAAAAAUAGCUGCUUACAAGAUAAUUUUGCUGGGGCAAGCUUUCAAGCUGACUGAAACUCGUAUGCGCAUUAGAGGCCAAAUACCAGCAGAUUUUCUCAAGAAAUGGAAGAGGCGGACGAAGAACCUGUUGAAAGGUUCGAUGAUAUGGAUUUGGUUAUCUUAGAUGACGCUGACGAAACAAGAAGUAGAAGCGGAUCCCGAUGUCGCAGUCGAAGUUGCAGCGAACACAGAUACCGAACGAAAAGGAAAAGAAACGAUUCUUUAGAUAGAACUAGUGUAGACAGUAACGCUAACAGUAUAGCCAGACGUCUUGAGGGCAAGAUGAAUAAACGUCGAUGCGAAAGAUGUAGCGAGCGACGAGAUAACGGUAUUGACGACAGGGACAAGGAGGCGAGGAGAGGAGAAGACAGAAGAGAUCUGAGCAGGCGGAGGGACAGAAGUGACGAGAGCAGAAGGAUUUCUGACAGAGACAGGUCUUUGAGGCAAAGAAGAACUCCCAGUAGAGAGAGAGACAUGAAUGUGGAUGGAAGGGUAUUUUCCAAUCUAGAGGAAUGGCGCGAGAGAGAGAGGGAAAGAAGUUUAGAAAGAAGAAAGAAUCUAGAACGAGACAGAGAGAGGAGCUUAGAAGAAAGGCGAAAUUUAAACAGAGACAGAGAUCGGAGCAUAGAAAAAAGAAGAGUUAACAACAGAGAUAGAGAGAGAAGUUUUGACAAAUGGACUUCCAGCAGAGAGAGAAGUUUAGAAAGAAGAACAAAUUCAGUUAGAGACAGAGAAAGAAGCUUAGAAAGAAGAAAAAUAAGCAGAGAUAGAGAGAAAAGCAUUGAAGAAAGAAGAAAAAUCUCAAGCAGAGGUAGAGAGCGAAGUGUAGAAGAAAGACGAGUUUUAAAGAGAGAUAGAGACAGGAGUUUAGAUGGAAGGGGAAGUUCAAAAAGAGACAGAGAAAGGAGUUUGGAAGACAGAAAGACUUCAAGGGGAGGUAGUGAUGAUGGCAGAAGAAAUCUUAGCAGGGAUAAAGAGAGGGAGUAUAGAGAAAGAGACAUUUAUAACAGAGAUAGAGACGAGGAGAGGGAGUACAAGUCAAGCAGAGGUAGAGAGAAGAGGUGUGAACACGAAAGAACGCAUAAUGGAGAUAGAGGGAGGAAUGUGGAUGACAGGAGAAAGUCUGGCUCCGACAGGGGCGAAGAGAGAAUACUUUCCGCGAGAAACAGAGUUGCCAAACAGAGAGAUUGUGAAUGUCGUGAUUCGAGAGGAGUUUUAGAGGAAGAAACUAUUUCCAACUGCAUAGAAGAUGAAGAAGAAGAAGUGGUUUAUUUGGACGAAGAAGUAAUAGAAACAGAAAACGACGAGGAAGACAAAAGAAGUCGGACCCCACCGGAAGUCUCUAGGAGGAGGCGGCGAAGGCGUCGAAGUAGUGGUGGAACAAAAAAUAAUAGUGAAUUUUCUGACCGAAACAAUUCAUCUUCCGAAGAAGAGAGCAGUACAGAUGGGCAGUCAGCGCAUACCAACGCUACAGGUGCACUUCAGCCUCGGGAGCAUACUCCUUUACCAAUUUACAAUGAGUCAGUUAGGGAAUGCAACCACGUCAGUUCUCUCGACGCCGUAAGAGACAAAUCUUUGCGUGGAAUAGAAGAUCCUAGGAUGAACGUGAGCAACCUGGACCAAUCAACUCGGAUGUGGAAAGAAAUUGAAAAAUACAGUAAGUCUUCUUUGGACUAUUUAAGUUUGUUCCUUUGGCUUCUUAUAUGAUUGCCUCUUGUUGU